AUCAAAGAAUCGGCUACGAAGGAAAGGACGGAGCUCAAAAUCGUAGACUAUUCCUUUUUGACUGGCUCGUCGCCUGGUGCGGUUGCCGUCUCGUUAAGUUGUUGAAUUUCAAGUGUUCAUUUAGAUUUUGAAUUUAUUUAACUGUUGCAUUUAUUUAAUUCCAAUCAGUCAAAAUGGGUAAAGAAAAGGUUCAUAUUAACAUCGUCGUCAUUGGUCAUGUAGAUUCUGGUAAAUCUACCACCACUGGACAUUUGAUCUACAAAUGCGGUGGUAUUGACAAGAGAACUAUUGAGAAGUUCGAGAAGGAAGCCCAGGAAAUGGGUAAAGGUUCCUUCAAAUAUGCCUGGGUAUUGGACAAACUUAAGGCUGAGCGUGAACGUGGUAUUACCAUUGAUAUUGCUUUGUGGAAAUUUGAAACUGCUAAAUACUAUGUAACCAUCAUUGACGCCCCUGGACACAGAGAUUUCAUCAAGAACAUGAUCACUGGUACAUCCCAGGCUGAUUGUGCUGUGCUCAUUGUAGCUGCUGGUACUGGUGAAUUUGAAGCUGGUAUCUCUAAAAAUGGUCAAACCAGAGAACAUGCUCUCCUUGCCUUCACCCUUGGAGUAAAACAACUUAUCGUUGGUGUCAACAAAAUGGACUCCACUGAACCACCCUACAGUGAAAGCCGUUUUGAGGAAAUCAAGAAAGAAGUAUCUUCAUACAUCAAGAAGAUUGGUUACAAUCCAGCUGCUGUUGCAUUCGUGCCCAUCUCUGGAUGGCAUGGAGACAACAUGUUGGAAGCUUCCACCAAGAUGCCAUGGUUCAAGGGAUGGAACAUUGAACGUAAAGAAGGCAAAGCUGACGGCAAGACACUCAUUGAUGCUUUGGAUGCCAUCCUUCCACCUUCACGUCCUACUGACAAAGCCCUCCGUCUUCCACUUCAGGAUGUUUACAAAAUUGGAGGUAUUGGAACGGUACCUGUUGGUCGUGUUGAAACUGGUAUUCUUAAACCCGGUACUGUAGUAGUGUUUGCUCCAGCUAACAUUACCACUGAAGUAAAGUCUGUUGAAAUGCACCACGAAGCCUUGCAAGAAGCCGUACCCGGAGACAACGUCGGUUUCAACGUUAAGAACGUCUCAGUCAAAGAAUUGAGGAGAGGAUAUGUAGCUGGUGACUCUAAGAACAACCCACCCAAGGGAGCUGCUGAUUUCUUGGCUCAAGUUAUCGUCUUGAACCACCCUGGACAAAUCUCCAAUGGAUACACCCCAGUGCUCGACUGUCACACUGCUCACAUUGCCUGCAAAUUUGCAGAAAUCAAAGAAAAGGUUGACCGUCGUUCUGGUAAGACCACCGAAGAAAACCCUAAAGCCAUCAAGUCAGGAGAUGCUGCCAUCGUUACAUUGGUUCCAUCUAAGCCAAUGUGUGUUGAAUCCUUCCAGGAAUUCCCCCCACUUGGGCGUUUCGCUGUCCGUGACAUGAGGCAGACUGUUGCUGUUGGUGUCAUCAAGAAUGUCAACUUCAAAGAUGCUGGCUCUGGCAAAGUAACGAAAGCUGCAGAAAAAGCCACCAAGGGAAAGAAGUAGUCCAUAGGAAACUGGAUUAUUUUUUGAUAUCUACUUUAAGUAAAUUACUUAUAAUUUUUACUGUAACUGAAGUUUUUAUUUUUAACUUAUGUGAUUUGAAAUGUUUGUUCUGAACAUCAGACCAAUUAAAGAAGUUUCCUAAC